CUCAGAUUAAGAACAAGUUAUUUACUCCAAAACAAGAAAUGUUUGAGAAAAUGAAAGCCCAAGGGACUUUAUCAAGAAAAUUCAAAGUAAAUAAUCUCCAAGGACUUCAGUUUGAAAAAGGUGACAGAUUGAAAUGUCAGCUAAAACCUUUGGAAGAGAGAUUAAAGAAAUUGUCUUCCCAAGAGAAAGAUUUUAGGCCAGGAACAAUGAUACUCAAGAGGAUACCUACAAAGGAGGAAGGCCAAAAAUGUAAUGAAUUUUGGGGAAAUGUCAGUAUUAACUCAAACUCUGUUAGACAUCCAAGGGUUCCAACAAGGGAAGGAGUCCAUCAAUGUGAUACAUGUGGCCAAAACUUCAAAGAAAAUGCAAGCUUAAUUAGCCAUCAGAAAGUUCAUAAAGAAAAGAAACCCUAUAAAGCUAAAGCAUGUGGAAAAAUGUUUAGGCAAAAUUCAAUUCUUAGUGAACCUCAGAAUGUGCAAAUUAGUCAAAAAUCAUAUAAAAGUAAUGGAUCUGCAAAAACCUCCAGCCAGAGUUUUAAUGAUAUUAAACACCAGAGAAUUCACACUGGGCAGAAAUCUUAUGAAUGUAAUGAAUGUGGAAAAAUAUUCAGUGCACGGACAUCCUUUAUUCAACACCAGAGAAUUCACACAGGAGAGAAACCCUACAAAUGUAAUGAAUGUGGAAAAGCCUUCAGUGCCCUCUCAUCUUAUAUUCAGCAUGGUAAAAUUCAUACUGGAGAGAAAGCUUAUGAGUGUAAUGUAUGUGGUAAAGCUUUUAUUGCACUUUCAUCUUUUAUUCAACACCAUAAAAUUCACACAGGAGAAAAACCCUAUGAGUGUAAUGAAUGUGGAAAAUCCUUUAGUCAAAGUUCUAACCUUAUCAAACACCGGAGAAUCCACACUGGAGAGAAACCAUAUAAAUGUGAUGAAUGUGGCAAAGCUUUCAGUGACCGCUCAUCCUUUGUUCAUCAUCAUAAAAUUCACAAUGGAGACAAACCUUAUGGAUGUAACAAAUGUGGGAAAGCUUUCAGCAAAAACAGAACCCUUAUUCAGCACCAGAGAAUUCAUACUGGAGAGAAACCCUACGAGUGCAAUGACUGCAGAAAAACUUUUAGCCGGAGCUCUAGCCUUAUUCGGCAUCAUAAAACACAUACUGGCGAGAAACCUUACAAAUGUAAGGAUUGUGGAAAAGCUUUCAGUGCUCAUUCUUACUUUAUUCAACAUAGCAAAAUUCAUAGUGGGGAGAAAAUUUAUGAAUGUAAUGAAUGUGGAAAAGCUUUCAGUAUGCGUGCGUCUUUUUUUCAGCAUUGCAAAAUUCAUAGUGGAGACAAACCCCAUCAGUGUAGUGAAUGUGGAAAAACCUUCAGCCAGAGCUGUAACCUUAUUGAUCACCAGAGAAUUCACACUGGAGAAAAGCCCUUUAAAUGUAAUGAGUGUGGAAAAGCUUUCAGUCAGCGAUCUGGUCUUAUUCGACACCAUAAGAUACAUACUGGAGAAAAACAUUAUGAGUGUAAUGAAUGUGGGAAAUCCUUCAGUCAGAGUUUUAAUCUUAUUAAACAUCAGAGAAUUCACACUGGAGAGAAACCCUAUGAAUGCAAGGAUUGUGGCAAAGCCUUUAGUGACCGCUCAUCUUUUAUUCAACAUCAUAAAAUUCACACUGGAGAAAAACCUUUUGAAUGCAAUGAAUGUGGUAAAACCUUCUGUCAGAGCUCACAACUUAUUCAUCAUCAGAAAAUUCACACUGGAGAAAAACCCUAUGAAUGUAGUGAAUGUGGGAAAGCUUUUAUUUUAAGUUCUAAUCUCAUUCAACAUCAAAGAGUUCAUACUGGUGAGAAGCCCUAUGAGUGCAGUGAAUGUGGAAAAGCCUUCAGUCAACAUUCAAAUCUUAUUCAACAUCAGAAAAUUCACAAUGGAGACAAAUCCUAUCAAUGUAGUGAAUGUGGAAAAUCCUUUAUUUUAAGUUCUAACCUUAUUCAACAUCAGAGAGUUCAUACUGGAGAAAAGCCUUUUGACUGUAAUAAAUGUGGGAGAGCCUUUAGUCAACGAUCACAGCUUAUUCAACAUCAGAGAAUGCACACUGGAGAGAAACCCUAUGAGUGUAAUGAGUGUGGGAAAUCUUUCAAUGUACAAUUAUCCCUUAUUCAACAUAAAAGAAUUCACACGGGAGAAAAACCCUAUGAAUGCAAUGUAUGUGGUAAAGCCUUCCGUCAGAGGUCUCACCUUAUUAAUCAUCAAAGAAUUCACACUAGAGAAACUCUGUGAUAGCUAUGUCACUGCUUGAUUUCUGCUGUGAAAUUCAGCUCUGAGAGGUUCAUUAAUCUCUCAAAAAUUUAUUCCUCUAAUUUUGGAAUGCUACCAUUGGUUGGUGAAAGAAUGCUACUAUCAUGUGGUCUGAAUAUCCAAACAUGUACCUUCUCUGAGGUUCAAAAGAUGUAAUUCUGCUAUAGUCUUCCCAUAUUUAACUUUGAAUUUUCAAAACUUUUACAUAAAUAUAUGAAAGAUUAUAUAAAAUAAACAAUAAAACAAUUAAGCUUAAGUAAUUUUAAGCAAUCACACAAAGAAAGUAAUUUAGAGUAAAAUGUUAUUACAAAUAAACUGAUAACAUUUAAUUGGUUUUCAUUCAGGACUCAACUAAUAUUUAUAUGUGUUGAGUUUCUGAUAUAUACUUGGUACUGUGGAGAAUAGAAAAACAAUUCAGAGUACCUGCUUUCACAAAGUUUACAAUCCAGUAAAGAAGCUAAGACAUACAUGUAAAGUUAGCUAUUAUGCAAUAUAAAUGAGAAAGUGUGAUUAGAGAGGUACAAGUUCUAUGGGCCUUCAGAAGAAGGAAAGGUCACAUCUAGAUGGAAAGGUGACAAAUGGUUUUAUUAAAGAGACUGAUAUUGAUCCAUCUAUCAGGGACCAAAGUGUAGAAUUUUAAUAGGAAAAAUUGGAGGAGGAGAGAGGAAUGACUGGGAAGCAGUUUUAUACAGAAUAGAAUAAAAGAAAUAAUUCUCUAAGCUAACAAAUAUCCAAGUUUUGAUAGAAUAGGAGGGUUUUUGAAGUCAGUUUUACCUGAAGUUCUAGAGCUGUUCAUAAGCUCUCUUACUCUUCUCCAGGAAUAUUUUGACACUUUGUAAAAUGAUUUAGGGUGAGUUAUGAAAGAAUGGUUUGUGCUUAACAUUAGCAUUGGAUUCAGUUGAGAAGAAAAUAUAUGGAUAAGGGAGCAAGGGAAAGCCCUGUAUACCAGGUUUUUCCCUUCUUUUAAAAACUUAAUCAAAAACUAUUUGCUUUUCUAGUUAAAAUUAUUUAAGUGUAGCUGUUUCUUAAAGUUACAUUUCAUGAAUGAGAAAAUUUGUGGUCAUCACUAUUUCAGGCAAUUGUGCAUGCACUCAUCUUACACUGUUCAUGCAAUAAUAUGGUGCCACCUAGAUUUCAGGAGAUUCAAGUGAUGAAAUUAAAGUAAUAAAGAGAGUCUUCAUUAAUUUUCUUUCUUCUUCUUUUUUUUUUUUCUGAGGCAAUUGGGGUUAAGUGAUUUGCCCAGGGUCACAUAGCUAGGAAGUGUUAAGUAUCUGAGGCCAGAUCUGUCUUCAUUAAUUUUCUUUCAAAAGUCCUUAUCUCCUGAACUCUCAUUAGUUGGUAUCAAAGCUCCAAUAGCUUUGCCCUCAAUUCCCACACUCAGCUACUUGAAGAACAAGGAAAUGAAGCACAGUAUCUCUGUGACUCUUAGAAGCCACCUACUCAAUCAACUCUUUCAUUCUCUUCAUAAAGCAGAAAAAAGAGAAAGAAGUGUAGCCAUUUCCUGACACUGGGAAUAUAGAGAUAACCUUCCAUAGCAAGGUAUUCAGUGUUUGGGUUUGGGGGCCCGUAUCCCAUCCCCCAAUUGUUUAUUUGCUCCUGCCUGCUUAUUUGCUAGUUGCUCUAUAAUUUGUGUACAAAGCUAAGGCUGUCCCAGAGUCAGUAUGCAUUGCCCUGUAUUUCAGAUACUGCUAAUCUGAUUUAUGUAAAUGAAAUUCCUGUCAAUGUUACUAAUUGGUUUUUAUGAAUUUCAUAUAAAGCAUUGUAAAUCAAAAAAUAAUUUUGUUGGCAAAGACAGUACAGAAAGGCAUAGGAGCUUGGUUUGAAUCCCAGCUCUACAACUUACUAUGUGUGUGAUUUUCAUUCAGGCCAAACUUGUUUAGGCUUUAGUUUUCUCCUCUGUAAGUUUAAGGAAUUUUAAUAGAUGAUCCUAAGAACUAUUCCAAUUCUAAAUUCAUGAUCUGAGGUCCAACUACAUUAGGUUGUCCCUAAUUAGGUUAUAGGAUCAAAUGUGUUCAUUGUUAUAGGAAAAGCAUCUACAUCAGUACUGUUAUAAAUAUUGAAAAAUGAAAGAUUACAAAGCUAAAAACUUGGUUUCUGAAUUGUUAAUUAAA